AUGGAUGCCUCAAAAACAAUUGCAUCGUCGCGCUCACAAGUACUUCGACCAACAGUGGACAUCGACAACCUUAGACGAAGAGAGGAAAGUUCUUACUCAGAUGCCUGUCCUGACAGACUGGAUAUGCAGCGCUUCAUUCAUCGUCGCGCAAAUACAAUGCAUUCCCUUUCUAUCACAGGAGCACAGCAACUAGCCUUCCCGUGGCCUGCCGAUACCUCCCACUCCUCUCGAGAAGGGUCUGUAUCAUUGGAUACUUCUCGGCUGGGUGGCAUAACUAGAGCUUCGGUUGAGUCUCCGAGGACACCUCUUCGUCGAGCGUUGGGAUUUUUCCGCUCUAUCGUCCCUUCAAAACGUACUCAAAGACCUGCUCAGGCCACGGAUGCUAUCCUUCCUAGUCACUCGCUCUCAACCGAAGGACAUCGUGCCACCCCACCAGAGGAAUUUGGCAGGCUUGACGGCUCUACUUUGCGGGGCGAUGACCCAGAGUCUGUUUGGAAGGACUCAAGGAACACACCAUUUCCAAGAACACCAAAUAACUCUGAUGCUCACGCCAGAGUACCCGUUCAAUAUUACGAGUCGCCUUUUCGCCGCCAUCAAUUAGGCGCUGGGCGUUCUUCUCCCAAUGUCUCAUCUCGUGGUAGGAACGACGAAUAUAGGCGCGUUCGGGCAGUUUCGUUUAAGACAUCGGCUGAAGCUCAUCCAUUUUACCCCAUCGAGGCUCCCAAACACAUCCGGAAGCUCCCGUCAAUGGCGCAGAGUUUGCGGUCUUGCCUACCGUCUCUUGAGUCACCUAGCGCAUCCUCUGUCUCAGCUCCGGUCAACCCCCACCUGCUUUCAAAAAGGUCUUUCAAGCAGCUGCGGAAACCUCCCUCCAAUGUGUCUAUGGAUGUCUUUGUGACGACUGAAAAGGAGGUCUUCAGGUAG